UUAAAUAGCUAAGACCUUUCUCUGCAGAAACAUAUAACUCUAAUUGAUAUAGUGUGUAUUUUAUAAAAAAGUUUUUUUAAACGUGUUUUGUCCCGACUCUCGAGAAUCAGUGAUAUAUGACAUCUGCAAUAUAACACAGUAUUGUCACCUUAAGGGUUGAAUUAAGAUUGAAUUAAGAUUUGACUAAUCAACUAAAGAAAGAAGUGCCGCAGCAUCAUCCAGACAGUUUAGGUCCAUUACUGGGAUUUCCUGGGCCUUCGGGUGGCGUGCACCAACCAAAUACUGUGGUGGUCCGACCCACCCCAAAACUUGUUGUAAACCAUCUCCGCAUAAUAUGCUAAAAAAAAAAAACAUUUCAGGGGGCUUUUUGAAAAAUGCAUACCAAGCCAAAUAUGAACAAGAAGGUUAAGAUUGACAGAGGAGAGACGGAGGGAAGUGUGGUGGAGAUCCAGUUCGGACACCCUGAGAGAUGGAGACACCAGAACCAGAACACAUGAGACAGAAGACACUGAUCCACAUUAUGUACCAGGAGAUCUACGUCAGUCCAGACACCCAGAGAGAUGGAGACACCAGAACCAGAACACAUGAGACAGAAGACUCUGAUCCACAUUAUGUACCAGGAGACCAGCGCUCAGAGUCUGAAAGAUCAAGGAAGAGAUCUAUAUUUGCUGCAGUGUGUCUGGGGCUGGUGUGUGUUCUCCUACUGACUAGGAUCAUAGUCCUGUCUGUUUACUUUAACAGAACCAUCAAAGAGAAAGAAGAAUUACAGAUCCUCAAUAAAAACCUGACUAAAGAGAGAGAUCAUCUUCAGGAAAAGCUCUCUGUGUUCGGAUGGAGAUACUUUGGAUCCAGUUUUUACUUCCUGUCUGCUGAGCAGAAAACCUGGGAUGAGAGCAGACAGGACUGUCAGAUGAGAGAAGCAGACCUGGUGAUAAUAAACAGUGAAGAGGAACAGAGAUUUGUUGUUGGCCUUCAAAUGGGAGCUUGGAUUGGUCUGACUGACAAAGAUAAGGAGGGAACCUGGAAAUGGGUGGAUGGUACAGUACUGACCACAGGGUUCUGGAAUCCUAGCCAGCCUGAUGAUUUUCAGGGUCAGGAGGACUGUGCUGAGAUAUACAUUCAGGGAAACAAUCCUUUACAGACAUGGAAAGACCAACAAUGUGAGAGAAAACUUAACUGGAUUUGUGAGAAAAUGCUCUUUCUGCUUAGUUACUUUCAUCCUGUCUGAUCAUCUGUCCUGAGUGUUUUGUUCCAAACAUAUUUACUAAUAAAGACACAUCCUAUUUACAUCUUGAGAUGCA